AUCAAAUGUUUUUCGCCAAUUCUGCGACACCCAGUACAACGACGAUGCAAUCAGUGCAGUGGCACAACCCAGUCAUGUGACGACGAAGGUGUGUCGUGUGUCUGACGAUGCACCGUCUGUUCUGUUUCCACUCCUCGCCUGACACAGAUAUGGCGUCUAUAACCAAAGACACGGGCGAAAUCUGGAGCAGGUUAUUCGACCAUCGUCCCUUCGUCCAAGGAGAAAUUACAUUCUUCUUGCGAGAGUUUCAGGAAAAAAGGGCUGAUAGGGAAGUGGAACGUCUUUUUAAAAUUCUUGAAUAUUCAACAGAAUUGAAAGAAAGCCAGUUAGAUCGCACUGAACAACUUGGAGAUUGUCAUUUACCUAGUCUUAAAGCAAAUGUGGAUGUUGCACUGAGUAUGUGUAGCCGUGUUUUACAAAGAGAAGAAAAUUUUGAUAGUGACAGUGUUUUGAAUGAAAACAGAUUAGCCAGAAGAAAGGAGCGACGUAAAAGCAAAAUUCGUAUUUUUUAA